AAAUGCAUAGUUGAAAUUUUACAGUAAUCCAGAGACCUUUGAAUUUUAUACAGAAAAAAAUACAAAAUGAGUCAUCUCGUUGUCCUAUUCAUCCUCGUCUGCUGUUUGAUGUCCAUUUUAGCUGCUCCCCAAUUAGAUACCAUCCCGAUCGUGAGCAAGAAUUUUGAGGCCCAGUCCGACGGAAGCUUUCUGUACGCAUACGAAAGUGGCAACGGAAUCAAAAUCCAAAACAAGGGAGACAUCAAGAUGGUUCAAGUACCGAAGGCCGAUGGUUCGGGAACGGAAACAGCCCGAGCUCUGGUGCAAACCGGAAGUUUCUCCUAUCCGGCCCCGGAUGGGACAAUAAUUCAACUGUCCUACACGGCCGACGAAAGUGGUUUCCAUCCAGAGGGAGCUCAUCUGCCAGCUUUGUUCGUUGAUGCGUAGGACUAUGUUUGAUAAUGCAAAAAAAAAACAA